AUGAUUCCAAAGGAUUCUGCGGUAUCUUCUAUGGGACCAAGGCAAAAUCCUAUGAGGAUAUCUAGCAUUAUUAGCCCCAAUGUAGGGGAUGGGGAUCACGACGUCGGAACUACCAGCAGUAGCAAGCUUCAUAACGUCGAGUAUAGCCUCAAGAUACGACAACAACUAAUGGCUGCUCGAUCAUGUGGCUUUGGAGAAAGGGACAGAAGAGUUAUUGACCCACCCCCUGUUGUGCAGCUCAUGAUCAAAGGCUCAAACCUCGCUCAUUCACAAUAUGAAAAGCUCCUGCGUGGCAAUCACUAUAUCAUGAGCUGUUCAUUAUAUGAUGAAAGUGGGCCUGAAGUCGCAACCUUCACUACCAAACAGCGGCGACAAGAGCGCCAACUGUUGGGGACGGUGACUAGUACUCCCUUUGUUGGCAAGGACGAGCACGGUGAAGAGGGCUGCUUCUUUUGUUUCCCAGACCUAUCUUGCCGUACUCCCGGAUCGUUUCGCCUCAAGUUUAGCCUGGUCGAAAUCGGCCCAACUCGUACGGAUAGAGUAGUAAAACAUUUUCCGGAACUAGCUGAAGGAAACAGCCACAUCUUCGAUGUUUACACCGCAAAGGAUUUCCCGGGAAUGCAAGCCAGUACAGAGUUGGUGAAACGGCUCAGAGAUCAAGGAUGCACUAUUCCCAUUAAGAAGGAUGUCAAAUCGAACAGCGCCAGGAGACAGGAUUAUUUCAACGAUGAAGAAUCAGGCAUGGCCGUUCCAUCCUGCUAA